CAGCAGCUGCCGUGUGUUCUAUGAGCUCUGGUGUUGGAGAGCCAGCGUUUUAGUAACUUGAGUUUCCACUUGUUAAAGUCUGACUCUGACAAAUGAAGAGAAUCUUCAGAAACUGUGGACCUGCAGCUGACGGACGGUUGAAGAGAAUGAAAAGUCUUUCAUUAACUAUUGAUUCCCGGUGAUCGUUCUGUGGAGCAGGAGCGUCAGCAGCUGAACCACAGAGCAGGAGAGAGAGAGAGGGAGGAGAGGAGAGGAGGGAGGGAAGGUAAAUAAGGCCAUAAAGGAUGCUUUGAGGCAGGCGAGGGGAGGGGGAGGAGGAGGAGGAGGAGUGGUGAAAAGGGGGAGCUGCGCUCCAACAGUCUCCAGGCUUGUUCAAGAAACUGCCGGCUGCAUUGCAGUGAGACAGGGAGGUGAAGUGAGGAAGAAGAGAAGAGGUGAGGAGGAGACGCUCAGUGUGACAGAUUUACAGGGAGCGCCGUACUGCAGGAGGCAGCAGGAGCGGAGCGGAGCAGCAGGGGAACCUGAGGAGGCGUCGCUGCAGAGGGGACAAAGGAGGAGAAGUGGCAUCACUGAAUGACCUCCUCCUCCUCCUCCAGUCCUUUUAUCAGCGGCAUGUUGAGGUGGAGUGGGAGGAGACUAGACCACAUGCUGCUCCUGCUGCUCCUGCUGCUCCUCCUCUCUGCCGGGAAUCUGCAGAUGUGAAGCUGGUGCGGAGCACAGGUGGAGGCAGAGGAGGAUUCAUGCCCUGGGACAGUCCUGGAGGACUGAGGGUGGGGACAGAGGACCAGGAGGAGGAGGAGCAGGGAGGGGUGGAGGCUGGUCCGUAGGAGGAGGAGCAGGACGAGGCGCUCUCAGCCUCAUUUCUGGAAAUGUGGUUCUCCUGAGCUGAGCCAGAGGAGCGGGAAUAAAGAUGUGAGUGUGAGACGGAGGGAGGAACAAGGAGAAGGCUGUGCUGAGCAGGACCAGGACCAGGACCAGGACGGGCCAGAGGAGGAGGAGCAGGGAGGAGGGGGGAGGAGCAGAGGGCUGACUGAGAGCUGGAAGAAGGACACGGAGGGUCCACUGGGUCACGAAGAUGCCCUCCCGCUGCAGGAAUGUGUUGAACAUUGUGGUGACCACCCUCUUUGCAGCGGUGGUUCUCUUCACCAUCCUUUUGGCUUACGUCACAGGUUAUCAGUUCAUCCACACGGAGCAGCACCACCUGUCCUUCGGACUCUACGGCGCCUUCCUGUCCCUCCACCUCUUCCUCCAGAGUCUCUUUGCGUUCCUGGAGCACCGGCGGAUGCGGAGCCCGGCUCGGCCGCAGCACCUGCGCCGCUCCGUCGCUCUCUGCAUCGCCGCCUACCAGGAGGACCCCGACUACCUGAGGAAGUGCCUGCGCAGUAUCCGUCGCAUCUCCUUCCCCGGCCUGAAGGUGGUGCUGGUGGUGGAUGGGAACCGGGCCGAGGACCGCUACAUGAUGGACAUUUUCCAGGAGGUGAUGGGCGGAGCCGACCAGGCCAGGAGUCUGGUGUGGAAGGGAAACUACCACAGCGACGGGUGUGGGGGGGGUGGAGUCCGCGGCGGUGGCAGGAGCACGGUGCACAUGGAGGAGGCGGCACGAGUGUCCCGUCUGGUCAGGAGCUGUCGGUACUCCUGCGUCAUGCAGGAGUGGGGCGGGAAAAGAGAAGUGAUGUACACCGCCUUCAAGGCCCUGGGAGACAGUGUGGACUACGUCCAGGUGUGUGACUCAGACACAGUCCUGGAUCCAGCCUGUACUAUAGAGAUGCUGAAGAUCCUGGAGGAGGACACCACGGUGGGGGGAGUCGGGGGAGACGUUCAGAUCCUCAACAAAUACGACUCGUGGAUCUCCUUCCUCAGCAGCGUUCGUUACUGGAUGGCCUUCAACGUGGAGCGAGCCUGCCAGUCCUACUUCGGCUGUGUGCAGUGCAUCAGCGGUCCACUAGGGAUGUACCGCAACUCCCUGCUCCAGCGCUUCCUGGAGCCCUGGUACCACCAGACCUUCCUCGGCUCUAAGUGCAGCUUCGGGGACGACCGUCACCUCACCAACCGCGUCCUCAGCUACGGCUUCAAGACCAAGUUCACGGCGCGCUCCCAGUGCCAGACCGAGACGCCGACGCAGUACCUGCGCUGGCUGAACCAGCAGACCCGUUGGAGCAAGUCGUACUUCCGCGAGUGGCUCUACAACGCCCUCUGGUUCCACAAGCACAGCCUGUGGAUGACCUACGAGUCGGUGGUCACCGGGUUCUUCCCGUUUUUUCUGGUGGCCACCGUCAUCCAUCUGUUCUACCGCGGCCGGCUGUGGAACAUCCUGCUCUUCCUGUUGACGGUGCAGCUGGUGGGGAUGGUGAAGGCCACCUACGCCUGCUUCCUGCGCGGCAGCCUGGUCAUGAUCUUCAUGUCGCUCUACUCUCUGGUCUACAUGUCCAGCCUACUUCCUGCCAAAAUCUUUGCCCUGCUGACCAUCAACAAGGCCGGCUGGGGGACGUCCGGUCGGAGGAAGAUCGUGGUCAACCUGAUCGGUGCCGUGCCGGUCACCGUGUGGGCGCUGGUGCUGUUGGGGGGCGUGGCCUACACUGUGUACUGUGAAACCCAGGAACCGUUCAGUGAGACGGAGAAGGCGCUGCUGAUCGCAGGAACGACGCUGUACGCCUGCUACUGGCUGGUUCUCCUGGUUCUUUACCUCGCCAUCGUGGCCAAACGCUGCAACAAGAGGGAGGAACAGUUCCACCUGCCCUACGCCGAGGCGUAGACCUCUGGGUAGGUCCUGGUGAACUCCUGUCCAGAACUGGAUCAACAAACUGGGGACCCGGAACUGUUAGGUCCUCGUGGCCGGUGCUAAAGAAAGUGUGGACCAGAGACUCGGGACUCGGGACUCGGAGACGACAGUAGAGGUGCAGCUCUUCACUCAUAUCAUUUUUCAACGGUGCUUCAUAUUUGGAAUCCAAAUCACAAAGACUGGAACCAAGUUUUAAAACAGUUCCGACGUCUGGAACGGUGACAUGCCAAGAAGAACAUGAGGUACUAAUACUGAUGCUCUGUUUCACUGCUGGAACUCAUAUCAGUAACAGUCACUUGAAGGCACCAUGUAUGUGCAGAAAUUAGUACCAGGAACUAGUGUGUGUUCUACAACAGGGACCAAGAACUGAUUGAAACUAGAGAAUGUGACUUUCCACCACAGGAACAACGCUGUGACUUUUUGCAUGACAUUUAGUUCCAACACUGGAACUUUUUUUUAUUAUUUUUACUUUCACUCCAGGAACUAUAACUAAAAAAAAAUGGUUCCUGGUACUAAUUGUUCCCAGUACUGAGAACACAGCGUCAGUCGUGUGGUGACUUCUGUGGCGACAUUUUCUCUGCAAUAAGGAACCGAUGAUGAUGAGAUUAUUUUCAUAGAUGUUCAAGAGUCGGUGCUUCGUUAAACUUCAGACAACAACAUCCUCUAGAACUAUUUUUCCACUUCCUGUUUCUGAACUGAAAUCACAUCAUCAAUGAAAAAUGUAAACAAACCAUUGAAUUGGUUCACUGUGCCCCCCCCCCGCCCUCCCCCACCUCAAACAUUUGUUUUCUUUUGUUUAUUAAAAAACUACUUCUGAAUCUGAGCCUGUGCUAAUGCUAACGCUUAGCUAACCCAAACCCCCGCUCAACUGGGUUUAACUGUGAAGAAACGACAAAGUUGAAGAACAAUAUAUUUCCCAUAAUGCCUCGGGAGACUCACUUUUCAACCGACGAUAGCAACAAGUUCUAGCCAAUCAGAGGCAGUGGGCGGGUCAUUGUUCAAACAGACAAAUUAGACAUUUCUGUUUAUAAACACGACAAACAGGUGAACAAACCCGACGGUGUCGCUUAGUUUUAGCUUUAAAAAAACGCAGCUUUUGCUUCAGUGAAGAGUUAAAGUCAACGAUGAAGAAUUUUGUAAAAGUGAAAAAAAAAACUGAAUCAGAGUAAAAUGAAUCUUUUUUUUUUUUUCUUUCAUUUACUUGAAACCUGUUGAA